AAGCCUGUCGCCAUCAUGACCUUUGACCUCACCAAGAUCACCAAAACCUCCUCCUCCUUUGAGUUUCGAACCUUAGAUCCAGAAGGAGUGAUUAUUUAUGGUAAAACCAACCUAAAGGAUGACAGGUUUGGGCUGGGACUUUGGGAUGGCAGGCCUGAGAUCUAACUGUCCAAUCACUGGGCCCAGCUUGUGGUGGGCACUGAAGCCUGGCUGGACAAUGGGGGGGCGGCACCAGGAAAGCUAGAUCUUGUGGAAGUGAAGAUCUUUGGGGACUCUGCUGCUGGGGGUGGAUGGGAGAAGAUGCUGUGCCUGAGACAGGUCUCUGGGCCUCUGGCCAACAAUCCCCAGCCCAUCAUGAAGAUUGCACUGGGGGGGGGGGGUCUGCUGUUCCCUGCCUCCAACCUCCAGUUGCCGCUGGUCCCUGCCCUGGAUGGCUGCCUGGGCUGGGAUAACUGGCUGGAUCAACAGGCCCACACCUCAGUGUCUGCCCCCACUAGCCUCAGAAGCUGUGCUGUAGAGUCCCAUCCCGGCAUAUUCUUCCCUCCAGGGACUCGUGCAGAAUUCAACAUUCCCCAGCUUCAUGCAGAGCCCUGGGCCUUCUCUCUGGACCUGAGACUCCAGCUAGUAGCAGGCUCCAGCCACCUCCUUGCCCUUGGGAUUCCAGAAAACCCUUCUUGGAUCAGCUUUCACCUCUAAGAUCAAAAGGUAGUGCUGUCUUCUGUUGGGCCAGGGCUGGAUCUGCCCCUGGUCUUGGGACUCCCUCUUCAGCUGAAGCUAGCUGUAUCCAGGGUGGUCUUGAACCAGGGGCCAAAGAAGGAGAUCCUUGCUCUGCCCCUCUUGGGCCUUGGCUCCCUCCUCAACCUCUGGAUCCAGCUGCAGGGGCGUCUCUUCCUGGGGGCUUUGUCAGGAGAGGCCUCUUUUGCCUUCUUUUGCUUGGACAGCCUUUGGGCACAAAGCCAGAGACUAGACAUGGACUGAGUCCUGAGCAGAAGCCGGGACCUCUGGACUCAGAGCCCAAGCAAUGGCCCUGACAGCAUCCAUUAAAUCCCCACCUAAG